CCCUGACUUCCGGGUCGCGGUGCUUGAAGGGAGUGUUCCGUCGUUUCCGUUGCCGGCUGUUUGCAGUGGGGAAACCGAGGCAGCUCCUGCUCCCCCUAGUUCUUCCGCUCCUGUGAGGUGGCUGCUGUUUCUUUUCCUCUUGCCCCGGCUGCAUCGGUGCGGCUGCGCUGAGAGCGCGCGGGCUCGCGAGCCCCGCGGGGUUCUGCGGGAACCCGGGGGCGCCUGGGCCGGCGGGUCUUUGUGCGAGCCCUGCCCUCCCAUUCGCGGGCGGCGCGCGAGGGGGGUCGGCGCAGAGACGCCCAGAGCCCUGGGGUGCUCAGGCGCCGCUACGUGUGCAUCCCCUCUGCUCGGCAGUUCUGCGCUUUUGUCCUAAUGAGCGCGGACUAGAUGGCUUGAUUUUCAAGAUAAUGAUCAACCCAGCUGUGCUAUGCGCUGUUUCUGCACUGACGUGCGGGAAAAAAAAAUGUUUAUUUCUUUGUGGGAGUUCUUCUAUGGGCACUUUUUUCGAUUUUGGAUGAAAUGGCUAUUACGACAGAUGACUGGGAAGUGUGAAUUGCAGCGAAUAUUUGAUACCUAUGUAGGUGCACAAAGGACACACAGGAUAGAAAAUUCCUUGACAUACUCCAAGAAUAAGGUUUUACAGAAGGCGACACAUGUUGUUCAGAGUGAAGUGGACAAAUGUGUAGAUGAUAUUAUGAAGGAAAAGAAUAUUAACCCUGAGAAGGAUGCCAGUUUUAAAAUCUGCAUGAAGAUGUGCUUACUGCAGAUAACUGGUUAUAAACAGCUGUAUUUGGAUGUAGAAAGUGUGAGGAAAAGGCCAUAUGAUUCUGAUAACCUACAGCAUGAAGAGCUACUCAUGAAGCUUUGGAAUCUUCUAAUGCCCACGAAGAAGUUAAACGCUAGAAUCUCCAAGCAGUGGGCUGAAAUUGGUUUUCAGGGUGAUGAUCCCAAGACAGACUUCAGAGGCAUGGGCAUACUUGGAUUAAUCAAUCUUGUGUAUUUCAGUGAAAAUUACACUAGUGAAGCUCAUCAGAUUCUUUCCCGUUCAAAUCAUCCAAAAUUAGGGUAUUCUUAUGCAAUAGUUGGAAUCAAUCUUACAGAGAUGGCUUAUAGCUUACUGAAGAGUGAAGCUUUGAAGUUUCAUCUCUAUAACCUUGUUCCUGGUAUACCAACAAUGGAACACUUUCAUCAGUUUUAUUGUUAUCUUGUCUAUGAAUUUGACAAGUUUUGGUUUGAAGAAGAACCAGAAAGCAUUAUGUAUUUCAAUUUGUAUAGAGAGAAGUUUCAUGAAAAGAUUAAAGGACUUUUACUGGAUUGUAAUGUAGCACUUACUUUAAAAGUAUAAAUCAUCCACUGUAUCUUCUAUUUCUACCACAUUUUGCACAUUCAACAGAAUUUAUAUGUUGUAAUAGGAAUUAUCUGAUCAAUUACACUCUUAUAUAUAAUUUCCUACAAAAAUAUUUCAGAAAUUCUAUUUAAGAAAGCUAGUGGACAAUCAGUGUAUGUUUACAAUUGUUUAUACACUGUUCUCCAAAGGUACCUUAUCCUUCCAAAGAUCCCCUCUGUAGAGUCAUGCGAACUACAGUUUGGAACUUGGGACUUAGCCCGUUGGUGUAAAAGUAUAAAUCAGGUAUUUGUAUUAAAUUGAUUAAAAUGUGUAAAAUCAAUUUUCGUUUUUAUGUGUUAUAGGGUCAAGUUGGUAUCUUUUUCAAAGCUCUUUAAGAUUUUUUUGGUUUUUAGUUUGGAAAUGGCUGUUUUUAAUUUUCUUUGUCUGAUUUUUAUUUCUAGGUUAAUUAACAGCAAGAGUGUUUCUUUAUGGUUUUCUUUGUUUGCAUCUUAAUUACAUGUCAUAACGUUGCUUCAUUAGUAGCAAAUAGAGCAGAGAUACAGCAGAGAGAAUAAAGAAUUAGGGCCUCCUUUUGGGUUUCUGUGAUUAUUGAGCAUAACUGAUGAGAGAAUGACAGUAUUGGUGACUAGCUUUUUUGUUUUUAAAUAACACACUUUAAAAUGCCACAGUGUUAUUUGAAAGCUUAAAGGCAUUUUCUCAUCUUCAGUAUUUGCUUUUUAUCAGUUGUAGAAAAGAACCUUAGUGUUUUCUUCUCUACCUAUGUAUGCUUAUGAAACCGCUCUACCUACAUAUGAAACUUCUCUACCUAUGUAUGUUUACGAAAAGAGAUGUAUUUGCCAAGAAAAUCUUGAUUAUAUAAAAGACAAAAAGAUUAUAAAAGACAGUUUCUGUUUAAGUAAAACUGUCUUUGAAACUUAAGAAAGCUUAAGUUUUAAAAAAAUCUCAGUUAAACAUCAUUGGUUUAUUUGACUUACUGUUAACUCUUGCUUCUCUUUGACUCCAUGGUGUUUUUAGAUAACCAUGUAUGAACUUUAUGUUAAUGGCUUGUGGGAUACUAAAAUAGCUUGAAGAUGACUUGACGACUGUGCAUUUUAUAUAGGUUGAUUCUCCUAAAAUCUCAGGAGGGCAGCAAGUGCUGUCAACGAUUAUAUAGUGAUGAGAUUUUUAUGGGAAUGAUUUCUUCUUGGUGCGUUUUACACAUUUGUACUGAUAGCAAAACUAAAGUUUAAAGCAGCAAAGUUUAAGUUCUCCUUAAAUCCUACAGAAACCAACCUUUUAAGGACAUAAUUUCAUCUAAAACAUGACGAUAUUUAGCACACCUUUUAAUGUGGGUAUAUAUCAAGUGUUUAAGGACUGGCUAGUAUGUGAUAGAGCAAGACCUGAGACUUUGUAAGUAUUUGCUCGUGUCUGUUGACAGACCUCUUUCUUUCAAACUUGUUAGAAGAGUGGUAAGACAUAUCCAAUUGGAAAAUAAGAUGCAGUGUUGUAUAGCACAUACAUUUAAAGUGCAUGCGUUAAAAUUAGUUUCUCAAUAAGUUAAAAUUAUUUUAAAAAUUUGGUUCACUUUAUUACAAUAGUGGCAAUUUAGCUUUUCAGUAUUACAGGAAUUUAAAAAUUGGUUUCUUGUAGGGGACAUCUCAACUUUGGGAAUAUCUUCACUUAAUUUUUAAAAAAUAUUUUCAUGCUUUAUUGUCCAGCUAUACAAUAUAUUGCAAAAUCCUGACAAGUUCAUUGUAUUAAGGUAUUAACUAUUACAUGGAAAGCAGUUCUGUUCAUCUUUUGAUGUUUGUGUUGAAAAUGCUUAUCUUUGUGUUUUGAUCUUCCAACAGCUGAGAGCUUGAGCUGAUUUAAACAUUUAUCAAUAUACUUAAGAAUGCUUUAAGUAUAGAAGGGGAAAAUUUUAAGUAAGUUUUUUCCCUUCUAGGAAGAAAAACUAUGAUGAUGUUAAGAAAGUGUCAUUAUAAAGCUUGCUCAAUAAUAUGUUCUUUAAAUCCACCUCCAUUUGUACAUUAUAGGUAUCAUUCUGUUUUUGCUUAAAAUAAUCUGCAACCAUUUCAGAUAGUUUUACAGCAAAUUGAUCUAAAAGCCACUAAUAAAUUCUAGGGUUUGAGUCUAGAAGCCAAGCAAAAUGUCACCAAUGUCAGUUGUAAAUUAGAAUGCAACAUGAGCCUUCAGACUCAUGACAAUGAUAUACAUGAAAACAAAAAUAUAAUUGCGUCUACCUUCCUACUUUCCCUUUUGACAUACGUAGUUGGAAUUUUACGUAGUCUUAAAAUCCAUAUUUAGAAUCUUACCUGUUUCUAUAAUAAUUAGUAAAAUGCCAAAGUAGUGAUAGAAUAUUGUGGCAUUGAAGUAGCCGAAAAAUUGUUAGUUUUAGCAUCAAAAAAGUAAAUAGAUGUUGAAAUGAAUUUUUGUAUGUGCCAGGUUGAAGAGAGUGUGCCAGUGACAGGAAGUAGUCUAAAAAAUUAACAGUUAUGGUUUUAAUAGGAUCUGAAAGACAAUCUUUAAAGAAAUGGGAGAAAUUGGGGGUAUCAGUGAACCUAUACCAACCUCUCUUUGUACAUAAAUAUGGUGAUGUAGCUAGAUAUAAAAAUCAGUGUCUUACUGGCACCAUUUACAGUUCAGAAAACAAUCUUUUUCUUAAAAAUGCCCAUCUGAUUUCCAUUUUUAGGAGCUACUUGGAUUUGUAUGUAUUUUUUCUACGUGAAAAUAUAUGUACUCUUCACUUUUGUUCCAGUACUGUAAUUGCGCAUGCACUCUUUCUCCCCUUUGAGAACAUUCAGUGAAAUACAACUUCAUCAAAGAUUUGCUCAAAGGAGAAGCAUCACAUGAGUGUGAAAAGUAGAUGCUCGUAGCCAGAACAGAAAAGGUUACACAUGAUCAUGGCACAGAAGAUAGGAGGUUUGACUUGGAGGGCCAUAAUGUUUAUUAUCCUUUUUGAAAUAACAGGGACCAGCAGCUGUUUUCUCAGGAUAAAUGCUUUAUCCCACUUCUCUAUGAACAGGUGAGGGGAGGCUUAUUUUCCAUUUUCAUAUUUAUACACCUCUCUACAAAAGCAAUUUUUAAUGAAGGUUAGUGGAAUUGUUAAAAAUCUGAGAGGAAUGAUGACUGGAGGUGUUUGGGGUUUUUUUCUGUAUUCAGUUUUUAAUGAGAAAAGUUUUAAAUGUAGUACAGGUAAGACCCAACUACUACCUUACUAUUAUAGGACGAUUCUAUGUUUCUGUUAAAGUAUUCAAGUAGCUUUCUCUGGGGGAAAAAGUACCACUUGGACACUUAAAGGAAUUGGGAUUUUUGUCUACUUUGGAUAAGGCAGUUGACUUCUUAAGUAAAAGCAAUAGUGUAAAAUGUCAUUUUGUUUGGAAUGUUAAGUGAGCAAAUAAAAAACAUGUUGAAAUUGUUAUAA